AUGGAAGAAGAUGAGUCCUCACUCACCUCACAACUCGUCCGAAUCGGAGGAAAAAUCGCAGACGAAAAUGAUCGGUCUUUCGAUGGAAAAGAAGCAACGUUAGAGGAGCUGAAGAAGCAGCUAUGGCUAGCCGGGCCCAUGAUCUCGGUCUCGCUUUUGCUGUACUGUUUGCAGCUAAUAUCUGUCAUGUUUGUGGGGCAUUUGGGGGAAUUAGCUCUUUCCGGUGCCUCCAUGGCCACCUCAUUCGCAACCGUCACCGGCUUCAGCUUAAUGAUGGGAAUGGCAAGUGCACUGGACACAUUAUGUGGGCAGUCAUAUGGAGCCAAGCAAUAUCACAUGCUUGGCAUACACAUGCAGAGAGCCAUGUUUGUACUCUUACUCGUGUGCAUGCCCCUUGCCUUUGUCUGGGCAAACACCGGCACAAUCCUAACCGCAUUAGGCCAAAAUCCUCGAAUAUCGAAAGAAGCGGGACUUUACGCCCGUUUCAUGAUUCCCGCAAUUUUCGCGUACGCCCUUUUACAAUGCCAAGUCAAGUUCUUGCAGGCGCAGAACAAUGUCUUGCCCAUGAUGAUAAGCUCGGCUAUUGUAGUUGUUCUGCACUUGCUAUUGUGUUGGGCUCUUGUUUUGAAAUCUGGGCUCGGCAGCCGAGGAGCUGCUGUGGCGAAUACCCUCUCUUAUUGGAUGAAUGUUGUCCUGAUGUUGAUUUAUAUUAAGUUUUCGCCUUCGUGUUCAAAAACUUGGACCGGUUUUUCGAAAGAGUCCUUGCGUAAUGUCGUUAGUUUUAUUAGGCUCGCGGUCCCUUCUGCAGUCAUGAUCUGCUUGGAGGCAUGGUCUUUUGAGAUGAUGGUUCUCCUUUCCGGUCUUCUUCCGAAUCCCGAGUUAGAAACAUCUGUGCUCUCUAUCUGCCUUAAUACAGCUGGGACAGUUUGGAUGAUCCCAUUUGGACUCGGUUGUGCUGUUAGCACGCGAGUCUCAAAUGAGCUGGGGGCAGGGCAUUCUCGGGCAGCUCGAUUGGCUGUACAUGUGGUCUUACUCAUUGCCAUCAGUGAGGGCAUUUUAGUGGGAUUGGUUCUGAUAUUAAUACGGAACAUAUGGGGAUAUGCUUACAGUAAUGAAGUAAAAGUCGUUACCUAUGUAGCCACAAUGAUGCCGAUUCUAGCCUUGUCGAACUUCAUGGAUGGGCUUCAGAGUGUUCUUUCAGGAAUUGUUAGAGGAAGUGGGUGGCAGAAAAUCGGAGCUUUUAUAAACCUAGGAUCGUAUUAUCUUGUGGGUAUUCCGGUGGCAAUCUUGUUAGCUUUUGUUCUGCACAUAGGAGGAAAGGGUCUGUGGCUGGGAAUUUUGUGUGCUCUACUGGUGCAACUAGUGAGCCUUUUAGCUAUCACCAUUCGAACUAAUUGGGAACAUGAGGCGAAGAAGGCAGAAGAGAGAGUUUACGAAUCCACAAUUCCGGUGGAGAUAUUGUCGUGA